AUGAGAGUCGACAUUCCCUUUCUGCUUGCCUUGGCCUGGCUGGUCGUUUAUGGCACUGCCAUCCCUUCUCGAGCCCCAGCUCAUCCUCAGAGCUACAAGUCGGUUGCCUAUUUCGUGAACUGGGCGAUCUAUGCUAGAAACCACAACCCCCAGGACAUCCCAGCCGAGAAUCUCAGCCACGUUCUUUACGCCUUCGCCAAUAUUCGCUCCGACGGAGAGGUCUAUCUCACCGAUUCCUGGUCUGAUGUUCAGAAGCACUACCCCGGAGACUCGUGGAACGAUGUCGGAAACAACGCCUACGGAUGCAUCAAGCAGCUCUAUCUCUUAAAGAAGAAGAACCGCAGGAUGAAGGCCAUGCUUUCGAUUGGAGGGUGGACAUACUCGAGCAACUUCGCCACACCGGCCAGCUCUGAUCAAGGGCGAAAGAGAUUUGCGUCGACUGCAGUCAAGCUCAUGGGGGAUUUAGGUUUCGAUGGGCUGGAUAUUGAUUGGGAGUAUCCUGCAAGUGAUUCUCAGGCCAAUGAUAUGGUUUCACUCCUGCAUGAACUUCGCUUGGAACUCGACAAGUAUGGACGUGAGCACGCCAAAGGAAAACACUUUCUGCUGAGCGUCGCCUCCCCCGCUGGUCCAUCGAACUAUAACGUCCUCCACCUCGCCAGCAUGGACGUCCAGCUCGAUUUCUGGAACCUGAUGUCCUACGACUACGCCGGCAGCUGGGAUACCGUUGCUGGACAUGCUUCCAGUCUGUACCCUUCCGUCAACAAUCCGGCCUCUACUCCCUUUAACACGGACCAAGCUAUAACCGCGUACAUCGCCGCCGGAGUCCCCUCCUACAAGAUCAACCUCGGUAUGCCAAUUUACGGCCGUUCAUUUGCCAACACCGAUGGACCCGGCAAGCCCUUCAGUGGAGUCGGAGGCGGCAGCUAUGAGAACGGCGUCUGGGACUACAAAGCGCUCCCACAGCCGGGGGCCAGUGUGACCGAGCUCAACGAUAUUGGGGCGGGUUUCUCCUAUGAUGCUGCACGAAAGACCAUGAUCAGCUACGACACGCCCAGCAUCGUGAAGAUGAAAACCGAGUACAUCAAAAAUAAGUGCCUGGGCGGCGGAAUGUUCUGGGAAACUUCAGGAGAUAAGAAAGGACAGGAGAGCUUGAUAUUUACUCUUGUCGACUCACUUGGCGGUACCAGUGUUCUAGAUCAGACUGAGAAUCAGCUGAAUUACCCCGUCUCUCAAUACGACAAUAUCAGGAAGGGCGGCUCCGGGACUUCCUGAGACUCGAACUCGGAC